UCCUUAAAAAUUUAAAUCGUUCACGCAGCUGAGUAUAACAAUUUAUAGCUAAUUAUAGUAUAUAUGUCGCAACGGCGAUCGUGCCAGACUAAAAAUAUUACAAUUGUAAAGGGCUGAAUGUUGUUGAACCAGUAUUUAUUAUCGUCUAUUAUCUCUAUUUAAUAGAAUUGCAACACGCCAAUUGAAAAAGAGGCUUCCAAUUUUUCAUUUAGGUCAGUAGGUCUGAAAUAACAACGCCGUCGAAUACAACUAUUACUACCGGUCUGAGCAGAGGUAGGUUUAUGGUCGCGACUGUGAGCUCGCCCUGUGUGGCUCUAUGAUAGAUUAAACGACGAGUUUCGGAUAAACAGAUAUGAAAAACAGCUGAAAAUUAUCACAUUACCAACUAUAUUUUUCGAUUUAAAGUUGAUGUAUGUAACUGUCAAAUUUGUGGCUUCUCGAUUCAAGUAUAAGGGUAAGCGUAUAUAUCUUCAGGCUGCCACUCUAACUUUCUCAAGUUAGAAACAAUGGUAAAUUCAGAGAAUUUUCUGUAUCAAUAAUGAACUUCUGCUCUUUAAAACAUCCGCCCAAAACCGCUUCAGUUGGGUACAGAACAUCACUUUAUAUACUGAAUAAAACAGUUAUCUGGUUCGUCUAUUUCUUUGUUUUCACGCUAUUUUCUAAGAUAAGUGCGCGCUCUAACCAUAUUCAUUUAAAAGGUUAAAAAUGUUAACUUCUCCGAUGCCGAGUUCAAGCGACUACUCAAAAUAGACGCUAUAACUUGAAAUAAGCACCACCAGCCUACCUUCUACAAUGGCUCCGGCCAGCGCCAUCGUGUCACAUCGAGCGCCUUACAAUGUUUGAAUCGCUCCGAAACAUCUGAGCUAGUAACUAAUUUCAAACAGAAAAUACGAUCUCUAGCACACACUGCAUGUGCGUUCUGCACACUUAGCAUCACGUGACACCGUCGCUGCGGUCGUUUACUUUGCCAUCACACUACAUACAUGUACAUGAUCUGUGGCCAUUUCUUUUUUAAAUCAACACGAUUUCAAAAGUCAUUGUCUAGCGAAUGAUCGCGGCAUAUUUGUACCUAAGAACGCUUGUGGUUUGAAUUAACAUCUCAGUUUGCAGUCUUAAUUUAAUCGCUAACACAGCAAAAGCCUAGACGGAUCUCCGUUGUAAGUAAUGCCCGAUGCUUUUAGAGCCGCACAGUUGUAUGAUACUUGGUUUGCCAAUCGGUCAGCCGCACCUUUAAGAGCGAACUGAUCAGAUUAUAGAAUCUAGCUGAUGUAUGACCGAACGAAGUCUCUUGUUUCUCACGUCUAUACAUUUUUUGCCAACUCGACGUCGUUAUUGUCGCCGGUAUGAUGACAACUCGGCUAGCAGAACCGGCUGAAAUUUGACGUGAACGCAGGUCGUGCACGGUUGAACGUACGCGGCUUCUGUUGGACAACCAUCUAUCCGUUGUGGGACGCAGUCGUGACACGUGCAAGUGUUCAGGAUAGGGACCCACUGAGAUCGCGUGCCAACGAACGUCUGGCUGUGUGUAUUUGUUUAUUUCGAAAAGCUAUUGCCGCUCUAGUGUGUAUUUGCAACUUUGACCCGUUUCUGUGUAUGCAACCAGUCUUUAAACUUUCACUUAGACAAUAGCCGUUAGGGAAUCGCUGGCACCGAAUCUAGUUUGUGAAGCGUUUUCGUGGUAGGCCUCAGUGCCAGCAAAGGCAUAAGGCCAUCUGCUGCACUAAGACGACAUGGCCAAGAAUAAGAAAGGUAAGAACAACAACAAGACCAACAAACAAGCCCGAAACAGUGGUAAAGCUCCGUCGCCAUCGAUGGGGUCGACUUCGGCGUUGCCCACUUUUACGGAUCCAGUCUUAAAGAUGGCUUCUUUAGACAAUAGCGCGUCGGGUGGUGUGGAUUGUGGUGUCGAGCAGAAAUCAUCAGUUAUAUAUGUAAACCAACAGCGGGCGCUGUCGUGGAAAGGGAUAUCAAAAGACGAGAUUCCAAGCAAAUCCGGAAACCAGUCGGAACUCGAUUCUGGCCGAGAGUCACCUAGAGAUAAUGGGGCAGAUAUUGAAAAAGUGAGAGUGGGUACGGAAGUUGAGUCCACCAACCACUCAACAAAUGUAUAUAUAACGCCCGAUUCAGAUGAGGGGAAAUGCAAUAGACGCGACUUUAUAGCCGGUAACGAAGUCAGCGACGAAUUCAAAAAGCUAGAGGCGCCAAAGGCUCACAGCGAUAAAGCUUUCUCGCAAAGUAAACAGGAAUUUUUAACGAAGCCAUUAUCGCCACCCACUGACUCCAAGCCCAAAACACUGGUUAACGUGCCUAAGGAAAAGGCUCGCGAUGACCAGGAGCCCGCCCUUGCAAAAGUGUUUUCUUCUGUAGUACUACCGGAUCAGGGUGGUGGUCAAGUCCAGAUGGACAAACGUAAAACACUUCCUUUGCCGAAACCGAGCAAGCAUCCACUAGAAUUCGAGUGGAGCUUUUGGUACAGUGACCCAUGGCAACCGUGGGACGUUGCCUUAGUUCACGUGAAGGACUUCGCUUAUAUCGAGGACUUUUGGUCGCUCUUCAACAACCUUAAACCGCCCACAGAAGUCAACUUAAGCUAUUACCUAUUCAAAAAAGGCAUUCGUCCAGAGUGGGAAGACGAAAUUAACGAACUGGGUGGUAAAUGGUGUUUGGCAAAUGGUGACUUUAGUCCUGACCAGGUUUGGCAAGAACUUGUGCUACUGUUCAUCGGCGGUGCUGCUCUGGACGAGCUGUCAUCGCACAUUAAUGGAAUAUACUUUGCUCGUAAAAAGAAUUACACCACUCAAAUUACAGUUUGGCUUGAUACGACAGAACUCCAUAUUAUAAACCGAAUCGGAGAUAUCAUAAGGACCACACUUCAGACCUACCUCAAGGUCGAUAUACCCAUGGAAUUCUGUAAACACAGCACAUCCUCACUAGGAUUAAAGAAAAAGCCUUACAGGCAAUCAGGUCAUCUGCAUUCUUCACGAAUUCCGCCCUAGAUCGCUCAUAUUGCUUCGAGACACUUUUUGUAGUCCGACGAGAUUGCCGCAGGCCCACAUAUAUUUAAUUCAUCCAAGCAGCUGCUGAGUAAAUGUCAAUGAAUUCGAAAAAAUCGCUCUGACGACAAUAUGCUUGUUAUACAUAAGCUGUAAGAAGCUAUAUAAGAAGCAAGUUCGUCGUAAUUAUAAAAUGAACUAUUAUACCUAGGGCAGUGCAAGCCUUCAAGCUUUUACCGUAAAAAUAUCUCGAGUUAAUUAGAAGUAGAUUGUAUUUAUUGGUGCCCGUUAUAACCUAUGGACAUCUAGGAUAAUGUGAAAACGUAUUUAAAUAUAGUGUGUGUUUGCCACAGUACAAGUUGAUUUUUUAGUCGUGUUAAAGCCAUUGACUCGUGGUAUAAUUGCAUUGAUCUUUAUUUGAGGAAAAAGGAGAUCACUGCAUCAUAUUGGGCGUAGUAUUGGCGUACCGCAGGACUUUAUGCAGAACUGUAAUUGUAGAUUAAAUUACUAGCGUAAACUGUGAGCAUUACUUCUUUCCCCCAUCAGAAUGGAGGCAUAGUCAAUUUUUUCUCUGCAAACUUCGUAUUUGUUAAGACGACAUCGUACUCAGCCAACAAAAGCAAUUUAUUUCCAUCGUGAAUUGUAUUGUACACUACUCGUACAAUCAUUACUUUUUUACUUUGUACCCCAUAUAAUUAGCAGAGCGACCGUUGUGCAUCAUUGACCGCCAUUGCAAUGAGAAACACUCUGAGCUGACAUUGUGAGCAGGAGUUUGUUGACUGCUAGAUGCUCCCCACGGCCAAUUACUUUUGCGAGACGAAUUCGUUGUGCCGGUGACUUUGACAUAUAUUAGAUAGAUGCAUGUUUAUAGAACAAAAUUCAACAUAGUCGAAGAAAGUGUUACACCAAAAUAGAUAACGUUGAGCUUUACGGAAGCAACCGAACUGUUUACGUCUUUAACCUGCCAACUUUGCGUUACCUUAACAAAUUUACAACAAUUAGCAAAAUUGUUAUUAAGUUGAAGUUGAUUAGCGGCCACAACGAUGAACAGGCGAGCGACAUGCACAAAUAUGGUGAACAUUUGUGUACUGAUAUUUUCGUUUACCUAUUUCGUUAUAUUAUAGAGUUACUACCAUAGUUUUAGCUAGACGACACAACUGUUUGCAUUUUUUUUAUGAUAUACACGCUUUUAAGGUUCACGGGUAUCGGUCAACGCGUGUUGUACGAUAUUGUAACUGUGGUGUGAGUUUUGUUCAAAAACAAACUACCGUUAAUUAAUGAACAAUAAUAAAGGAAAUUACUUAUUUCGA